AUGGGUUUCGAGGAAGCAACUAGUGGUUGUGUUGUUUCUUUGAAUUGCGCUGGAAAGGAUCAACUUAUUCCCUUGUUGAAGCGUUUUUGGGAAAUAGAGGAACUCCCUGCUGACCCAAAUUCUCUUUGGACAGGAGAUGAAAGAGCUUGUGAACAACAUUUUAUUGACACCCGUUACAGAGAUAGCACUGGUAGAUAUGUAGUUAGACUUCCAUUUAAGACUGAUCCGAAACGUUUAGUUAAAGAACGUGAUGCCGCCGAGACUCUGUCUAUCACUAUGCAGACAAAUUUAGAGCGUAGAUUUCAAAAUAACUCAGUAUUGUUUGAUGCUUAUAGUUUGUUCAUGCGUGAGUAUAUCGAUCCUAAUCACAUGGUGGAGUUAAAACUCGAUGAGACCAAUGAUUGUUGGUUCUUACCCCACCAUGGAGUAAUUAAUCUUGCAAGUACAACUACGAAACUCCGUACCGUGUUUAAUGGAUCAGCUAAAUUCAAAGCGGGCAUCUCUCUGAAUGAUUUACUCCAUGUUGGGCCCAAUUUGUUGUGUAAUCUUUUUGAUCUUAUCACUUCUUGGAGAUCUGACAAGUUUGUUUUUUCGUCUGAUAUAGAAAAGAUGUUUCGUCAGGCUUGUGUAGAUGAGAUUGAUCAGAAACAUCAGUGUAUCUUUUGGCGCUUCUCUAGCUUAGAACCGGUUUUAGCUUAUCAAUUGAAAACCGUGACUAAUAGACUAGCUUGUUCUCCGUACCUAGCUUGUAGAGUGAUCAAGCAGUUGGCUAGUGAUUACUAA